AUGGAUCUUGAUGCCGACAUGAUUGACUGGAGUUGGAGCGAUUCGAGCGUCGAUGACGAGGAGACAGAGGCAAGGCAGAACUCUCACUCGCGCUCUCAGGAGUGGAGAGGUUCAACCCCUGACGCUGGUAGCGAUUCACUCUCCAAGGAGGUCGGGCAGAGGUUCCUGCCGAGGACGAUGCAAGUGACACCGCACCAUGUCACCGUGGAGGAUGCCAAGUACGGAAGGAGAGCGGUCGAAUCGCAGCGGGACUGGCACGAGCACCCGAUCUCUAGAGCAUCUUCCAGCAACCCGUCCAAGAACAUCUCGGAGAACUUCAGGAAGGUGCCAGUGGAGGCCUUCAAGAAAGCCUUGUAUCCAUCCUCCUACGACAGCAACGGCGAAUCUGCAAAGAUCUUGGAGUAUAGGAAGAGAAUUGAAGACUUGGACCAACAAUGGAAGCAACAGGUGGGAAGACCAGCACGAUCCUUGAGGUCUGACUUGAGCUCGUGUUCUGACAUCGAUUGUUUCCUCCAGACACAGAUGAACGCCAAGAUGGAGGAACUUCUCCGUAUGCAGGUGGAGCCAGUUAGUCUGAGCAGCUCCCCUCUGACCGGCUCGCAGGAGGAGGCUUUGAGUGAGCGCGACGACAAGAUAAGAUCGUUAGAGGCAACUUUGAAGGAGAACGAGGCGAGGACCUGCAUUAUUUCUUGA